UCCCAAGUCCCAACCCAUCUCCUGCCACCGAGCGCGCGCCGCAACCUGCCAGACAGCGCUCGACAAGCGGCGGCACCCAGGCUAGAGAGGCCCGAGCCCCCAGCCCCACAUGGCGAUGACGCCGCCGCCUCCAGCUGCUGCCUCGGCCGCCGCCGCCAAGGCCGGGGCGCACAGCGUCUUCGUGUACGGGAGCCUCAUGGCGGACGAGGUCGUCCGCGCCAUCCUCAAGCGCGUCCCGCCCGCCGCCCCGGCGCUCCUCCCGAACUACCACCGGUUCAACAUCAAGGGCCGAAUUUAUCCAGCGAUCCUGCCCGUCGAGAGCAAGAAAGUUGCAGGAAUGGUUAUCAUGGGUGUUACUGACGAAGAGCUCCAAGUUCUGGAUGCAUUUGAAGAUGUGGAGUACACGAGGACAAGAGUGGAGAUAUCAUUAGCUGACUCUUCGGAGAAAAUGCUGGCUGACACAUAUGUGUGGAGUGAUGCAGAGGAUUCAAAUCUAUAUGGCGAAUGGGAUUUUGAGGAGUGGAAGAAGCUACAUAUGAAGGAUUUCCUCACGAUGACCAAUGGUUUCAUGCACGGACUCGAACAGCCUGAAGCGAAGACCCGGGUCGAGACCUACCAGACAUUCAUGCAACAACAGGAACAUCCUACAUCGGAGACCCAGGUUGAGGGUUGAGACCUGCUGUUCUGCUGGUCGUUCUCAGGAAGGAUUGUACUAGCAGUGGGCUGUACCUGUGCUAUCUGUAAUAAGUUGCCUACAUGAUUUGUGAAUAAGAUCUUUAUAGGAUCACCGUAUAAAAUAUCAUGAUAGUUACACAUGAAACAAAAUUUCCUCCGAGAGAUUUCUUUAGA